AUGGAGACGGAGGAAUCGAAGAGAGCGCCGAUCCACACGACGGCGCCAGAUCUGAAGUUGUCUGAGGCCAUGCUGGCUGAGUUCAAGGAGGACUUGAAUGAAGCGAAGACCAGUGGAGCUGUGCAGAAAGCUGCACGAUUGGCAGCAGCGGAAGCAAAGGUGGAAGCUGCCGCCCGCAAAGAUGAGCAAAAGGAUGUGCAGGAGCAGGAGGAAGAGGAGAAGGAACCCGACGAUGCAAUCAAGUUCGACUGGGGUAUGAAGGCGGCGGAGCUGAAGCGGGGAGGAGUGCCCAUCCCGCCUGGAUUCAAAGGGGCCGCCAAGUCAUACACCUUGGCAGCAGCAACAUACCACGACGAGAACUCGGAUGCCAGCUCGAUCAGUGUUCUGUACUCUAUCUGA